CGAUUUCAAAUGUCUUUAUCAAAAUUCAAGAUUUCUGAUGAAAUUAAAAAAAGAGGAAGUUACAAGCCACGGAUAAAAGCAAAGCUAAACACGCACCUUCUUUUAACAGAAGAUAAUAAAAUUAAGCUUAAGGAUUUGCUUGAUAAUGGUGCACCUGAAAUAGUUGAAAAGGAAUGGGAUUUAUCCGACAAAGAUCAAGUUGUAAAUCGUGAUCAAUUGCUUAAAGAAAAUAAUCUUAACCUUGAUCCUGAUGAUGUUGCAUCUGGUUCUCGUAUUCCAGCAGCUCGUUAUCCCUAUGUAGGGUGUCUUGCAUUUGUUACAAUUUUCCUUCGUAAUAAUGAAAUUUGUGGCAUUGCGGGAUACCUAAAACAUUCUGACCAAUGUGUAAUUUCCCAACCACAGUGUGAUCCACCAUAUAGACUCUUACCAUAUGUGAAAAAAAGCGUUGAAAACUUACUAGGUCUUAAUGUAAGAACUUCAGACAUCCUUGCUCAAAAUGCCAGAAUCGUAAAAAAUGUGUUUAGAAAUUAUACUUUAAUCGGAAAUUUCAGAACGCUGCUUACAGCAAUGGAUAUUACAAAUAUUAAGAAGCAAAUGCUACGGACAAGCUGGAAUAUAAAUAUCAAACAUGAUGCAGCAAAGAACUUGGAUCAGUUGCUUGGACCAGACGCUGAUCAAUCUGAGCUCAAAGAUGCAUGCUUACAUUAUCAACCUCAUACUAAAGAAACUGACCACUUAGAAAUCAUUAUUUGUACCUGCGAACAACAAAAAUAUGCAUGGAAGUAUGGUCAUCAAAGCCUUAUCCUU